GCCUCCAGCUUCUGUUCGUGGCAACUCAACCCUGAUAUAUCAUAUCCGGUCCGCCGAUGCGGGCGCGAGUCGACUGCCGCGUCAGGGUCGUUCCGGGUUCUGCUAGCGCUAUACGGGAUGUCAAGGAUCUCGUGGAGAACUGCACUCCGGCUCCCUGCUAACCAUUUCCGCCCAUGUCGAGACGCAGCCACACCACCCGGCUCAAUACGAUAUAUACCAGCUCAGACAUGGCUGCCUUCUGUGCACGACCUUGCCCUUGGGUUCUGGCUCCCAGAGCGUUAACUGGCCCUUAGUGUUCAUCUAAUAGCUUGGCCAUGCCUUCCGUCAAGGUGACUAGCUGCAUAGCUGCAGCGGUUCUAUUCUCCCUGUCCGAGUCUGCACUCGCUCAGAACGAUGGCAAUAGCACGGGUUGGGGAAGUAGUUCCUCUGCGCGUACGAUCGCCGGUGCGAUUAUAGGUGUGCUCCUGGGCCUUAUCGUCUUCCUUUUCGCCAUCGUCGUCGUCCGGCGUCACCAACGCAUCUACGGGAGGCCACAGAUGCCCUCAGUCGAGCUGCGCCGCGUCAGCAGCUACGUCUCCGUGUACACCCGGCGGCAGAACGCGGAACUCGGUGUGAACGACCAAGGACCGGGGUACUCAGCGCCGCCCUAUGGAGCACAGCCACCGCCGUACAACGGACCAGAGAACUUGGAGGACCCGAAGCAGGUCGAGGCCUUCGAUGCCGCUGACCCCGGAGUGGGCGGGCUCGGGUACGAUGUGGCGCCGCUGCCGGCGAAGGGUGGUUUGCGUGCGGGCUCGGUCGACGUUGUGGACGCGGAAGGGAGGUAUGCAUAUGAUGUGCCGCCUCCGUCCCCUUCGGAUAUAUCAUCUGCAAGCACGCCGCCGCCGCCGCCUACUCCCCCUGAUGAGGAGGGUGCCCGUGCUUGGUACAAAGCCUAUCCAUGAGCAAGCACGCCCAGGAUCGAAGUUAUGAAGUCCGUUUGACUCGAAUCUACGCCUCUCAAGUUGAAUACUACUAUGAGACUGUAGCCACCCUUGGCCUGACAAAGUAAUAGUGUAUCAUCAGCAAUAAUGUAUGUUUUAUCGUACAUACGGCAGAUGUGACCAGGAUGUGACAUAUUAGCGC